AUGCCUCGUAGGACUUCAAGAGGUCGGCAAAGGAUUCCGAUGAGGCGCAUCGAAAACCAAGACGACUUAUACGCAACAUUUUCAAAACGUCGUCGAGGUUUAUUCAAAAAAGCCGGAGAGUUAAGCACACUAUGUGGCGCUAGCACCGGAAUAAUCGUUUUUUCUCCAACUAAUAACCCUUUUUCAUUUUGGCACCCAUCCAUUCAACCUGUCAUCCAAAGAUUCCGAAAUCCAACUCUACCGAUAGAUGAUCUUACAAGAUCCAUCGAAGAUAACACAGAAGGUAGACUCAGAAACCAUAACACACGCCUGGAUGAGGUGCUAGAUGAAAAAGAUAUCACUUUACAACGAGAAAAACAAAUGGAUGAGAUUGAUCAAAGUCGAGAGAAAAAUUGGUGGGAACAAACACCUGUGGAGAGUUUGAAUCAAGAUCAAUUAAAGGAGUGGACGGCAUGGUUCGAAGAUUUUCUCUCUAAAGCUCGUACAAUUGUGAACGAGAAAGUCGAAAAAUCAAACUCAAUAGUUGUUCAACAACAAAAUGCUUCUUCUUCAAGUAUUGUUGUUUCAAUUGGUCAAAUGGUUAGACCAUCCCAACCUCCCAAUCCACAAAUCCAACCCCCAUUUAAUCCGAGUCAGUUUUAUCAUCAUCAUUUGGCUCACUUUCCACAACCAAUUGGUGGAAUUGAUUUUCUUCGGUUUCAUGGUAUGUUCAAUUAUUUUCCUUUCCAGGCUCAGACUCAAACCACUACUGAGUACUAUAACGUCCCUCCACAAACUCUUGGAAUGUUCAAUUAUUUUCCUUCUCAAACUACUACUAGAUUUGGAGCAGCAACAUCAAGUGGAAGCCCAUCUAACUAUUUUCCUUUGUCGUCUCCAAAUUUGACCUUUUCUUCUACUAUUAAUGCUACAAAUAAUCCAUCCGUCGAACCAUCUACUAGUCGUGCGCGUAGGGAGACAUCAACCCAUGGUGAAGUACGUAGGAGAACCAUCGACUAG